AUGGCUCCUCUCCUCAACUCCGAUUCGUCUCCGCCAAGCCUCGACUCACAUGCGCAAGAUUCAUCAGACGCAAUAGCUCUAAAGAUUCCCCUAGUCGCUUCCCCCGAAGCUCAAAGGCUCUUCGGCUGGCCGGAGCAAAAUGAUGCCGGGUACCGCAUUAAAGAAGAGCCAAUGGGCACAAAACGGAAGCUGAAGGUCGUGGUCCUUGGUGCCGGCGUAUCCGGGAUUAAUUUCACCAAAACCGCACAGGAAAAACUGAGCAAUGUGGAAAUCGUGUGUUACGAGAAAAAUGAUGAGAUUGGAGGGACUUGGUAUGAGAAUGUAUAUCCUGGUGUCGCCUGUGACAUCCCCUCUGUCUCAUACCAAUUUACGUGGGAACCUCACAUCUGGCCCGAAUAUUACUCCUCAGGCCAUGAAAUAUUGAAGUACCUCAAGGGAAUUGUCGACAAGUAUCAAUUGGCGCAGUGGAUUAAGCUACAGCACAAAAUCGUUGGUGCAGAAUGGUUAGAUGAGGAGGGGCAAUGGCGACUUUCUGUCGAAGACCCAAGUGGACGCGUGUUCGAAGACCGAUGCGAGGUGUUCUUAAAUGGCGGUGGAAUUCUCAAUAAUUGGAAAUGGCCCAACAUCGAAGGGAUAUCCUCCUUCAAAGGAAAGUUGAUGCAUACGGCAAAAUGGGACACGUCCUACGACUGUAAAGGGAAAAGAGUUGUUGUCAUCGGCGCCGGUAGCAGUGCCGCCCAGGUUGUUCCAAGUCUCCAGCCAGACGUAGCUGAGAUGCACUGUUUCGUGAGAUCCCCGACAUGGAUCACACCGGGGUUUGCCUCGAGACUUGCCGGCCCAGACGGAGGCAAUUUCACCUACACCGAAGAGCAGAAGAAAAAGCUACGGGAUGACCCGAAAGCGUACUUGGAGUAUAGAAAGAUGGUUGAGGCCGAAAUUGGUAUAAGAUUUCGGUUUCUCAUGAAGAAUGGCCCGGAAGCUAAAACGGCCAGGGAGUUUUCCGAGACCGAAAUGAGAAGGAAACUCGGCAACCGAUCUGAUAUAGCGGAUGCGAUCAUACCGAAGGACUUUGCCAUCGGUUGUAGGCGGCCUACACCAGGCGAGGGUUUUCUGGAGGCACUUGUAGAGCCAAACGUCACCGUGUGGACCAGCCAAAUGCGCCGAAUCACCGAGGAUGGUUUCAUAGCUCACGAUGGAAGCCACCACCAAGUCGACGCCAUUAUCUGCGCGACCGGUUUUGAUACGUCUUGGAUACCGAGGUUCCCUGUCAGGGCACACGGCCAAAAUCUUCAAGAUGUAUGGACAAAAGAGGGAGCGUUAUCGUAUUUGGCUGUUGGAGUGCCGGAGUUUCCUAAUUUCUUCUGGUUCGCUGGCCCGUACGGGCCCUUGGCUGUUGGCUCACUGCUUCCUAUUAUCGAGGUGUUCACGAAUUACAUCUGCGACGUCAUCAACAAAAUGCAAAUAGAAAAAAUCAAAUCCCUAACCCCUAAGAAAUCAGCUGCUCUCGCAUUCAAGGAACACCACGACCUCUACAUGCACCGCACUGCCUGGAGCGGGCCUUGCUCGUCGUGGUUCAAAAGAGGAACCAAGGACGGGUAUUUGACCAUGUACCCUGGCUCAAGGGUACACUUUUUUGAGUUAUUGGGACGACCGCGGUAUGAAGACUACGAGUUUGAAUACUUGAGUGGGAACCAGUGGGAAUUUCUAGGGAACGGGUUCUCGUUGAGGGAGUUUGAUGGGCGCGACACGACUUUUUGGAUGGGGUUGCUAAACGGCGAGGACAUUCAGCCUGAGUUCAACGAGGAUGUCAUCCCGAAGCUAGUAUAA